UAUAACAAUGAUCAGUUACAUGUUUACCUUUUAGCUUUCAACCUUUAUUUACUAACACUUAAGGAAGAAAUGUUACUUUAGUCUGCCUUAUACCCAGUCCUUUAAUUCAGGCCUUUGGUUCGGGUGUAAGAGGAUCAUGGUAACGAGUUUUGAGGAUAAAGCUCGUUGAAAUAAAUCUCAAUGCAGUGCAACUAUACUUGUGAUCACAUACAACUCAGCGAAAGAAACGAAAGUAGUAAAAAUGGUUAAAAAGAAGUUUGAAGUACCACACGAGAUAAAUCUCGACAAUUUAGCUUAUAUUGACGACGAAAAUGACGGCAACCGACAGCAACAAAAAACAGAUACUUCAAAAUCUGAUAUAAAAGUUAAACGAACUGUUGGAUUAACAGGAGGUAUUUCUUUAAUAGUCGGAACUAUGAUCGGUUCCGGCAUAUUUGCAUCAGCUAGUUCUGUAUCCAGCAACUCUGGCAGUGUUGGUAUGUCAUUGGUAGUAUGGGCGGGCUGUGGUGCAUUAGCUAUGUGUGGUGCAUUGUGUUAUAUAGAGUUGGGUUUGAUGAUUCCCAUCUCCGGAGGAGAGUACAGCUACCUGAAGGAGGCCUUUGGAGACUUACCUGCGUUUUUAUACAUCUACACUUCAAAUCUUUUGUUAAAACCCGCGGGUGUUGCAGCCAUUGUUGUGGCAUCUGGGGAUUAUAUUGUUGAACCAUUCUAUGGAUCAGAUUGUGUUAACGAAGACAAAAUUGCGACAUCAAAAUUACUAGCGACUUUAUUUCUAGGACUUAUUGUAUUCGUGAACUGCGCAAGCACAAGAUGGGCGACUAAUGUUCAAAUCGUUUUCACCGUUGCUAAACUUGGUGCCAUAGUUAUUAUUAUUGCUACUGGCUUGGCAAGACUGGGACAAGGUUAUAACGACAACUUCAAGAACGCAUUUGAUGGAACAACGACAAGAAUAUCAGACAUCGGAUAUGCUUUUUUUGGUGGAUUAUGGGCCUACGAUGGAUGGAAUAACUUAAACUACGUCACUGAAGAAUUAGCCAAUCCUAUUAGAGAUUUACCACUUUCUAUUAUGAUUGGUAUUCCGUUGGUCACGUCCUGUUAUGUGUUAAUGAAUAUUGCAUACUUGACGGUUUUGACGGCUGCCGAGGUUUCGAAUUCGUCUGCUGUAGCAGUGACGGUAGCUAACAGAAUGUAUGGAGUAAUGGCGUGGAUUAUACCGGUAUUGGUGGCAUGUUCCACUUUUGGUGCUGCAAAUGGCGCAGCAUUUACGGGAGGAAGACUUGUGUUUGCUUCAGCAAGAGAAGGUCAUAUGCCUGGAUUACUUGCUAUGGUUCAUAAAAAAAGAAACACACCAUUACCUGGACUUGUAUUCUCUUGUAUUAUUUCAUGUAUCAUGAUCAUGCCAGAAUCAUCAAACUUUGACGCUCUUAUCACUUAUUUUAACUUUGCUGCAUGGAUAUUUUAUGGUGCCACUUUUGCAGCGUUAAUUUGGUUACGCUUUAAAAAACCGGAAAUGAAGCGACCGUACAAGGUGUGGAUUAUUAUACCAAUCGUGAUGUUGUUAUGUUCAAUCUAUCUCGUUGCAGCACCGUUUGUAGAUUAUCCAUUAGAAUCAACAUAUUGUACCAUAUUUAUUUUAACUGGUAUUCCUGUUUAUCUCUGUGUUAUUAAAUAUCAACUUUUACCUGCAUCUUUCAUCAGAGUAUACAAUAAAAUUGCAUUCAAACUUGAAGCAUUGAUGGACGUUGUUAUGCCAGUUUCUGAAGAUGCAAUUCCUGAAUGAUCGAUUUAACUUCCGUCUAUGAAAAACGUUUAUUUACAAACUGGAUUUUAGUUUCAACUGCUGACCGGGUGCUGAGAUUAUGACUAUAUUUCUGACGUUUAGGUAUAAAAGACAAGAUAUUUUAACGGGUCUCCAAUGAUGCAUUUUUUGGAGGUUCCGCAAAAAACAACGGCAAAAAUCAAUAUAACUACUUAAACUAAAGAAUCAUUCGUAACUUUUGUGAAUGUCGCGAAGCUUUCCAAGAGCAUCGAUUAGCCAAAAUUUAUGACCGCAGAAAAAUAAUUUUUGCGAAAGUUUGCAAAAAAGUUUGUACUGGCAAAUUUUAUCAUACAAUUCUUUAUAAGCUCAGAAAAGUAUCGUAUUUUGUAUUAGUCACUGGCCAAGAAAAGCAUAUUUCAGUUUCAAUUUUAAACUUUA